AUGAUUUGGAAUUCGCUGCCUCUACGAGGGAACUCAGCGACAGAGGAACUAGCCAAGGCCCAGAAGGAUCGCGUGAACGCGUUGUAUCAUCCGAUGUCAUCGCCUACUCUGGGGCGUGUGAGCAAGGUUGAUAAUAGUCAACAACGAGAUAUCAAGCGGCAGCAGCGAUUGAGACUUCAGAGGGAGGGACUCCAUGAGAAGGAAAGUGAGCAAGAGCGAAAGAAGCGUCUUGAGCAGCACGCAGCAGCGCUUCAGGUGGACAUAGAUGUAUUGAUUGCGGAGGAAGAAGAGCAGCGAUUAAGGGAACAAGCAAACAUAAAUGAGGAGGGUGAUGAGGAUAGGUACGAAGAGGAGCUCGAAGAUUAUUUGAUGGAGGCAGAUCUUGAGCUUGAAGCGCAGCUACGGGCCAUGAACAUAACCUGA